UCAGCGAGUCCAAUGAUGAUGGACGUAUUGCGUGAUGUGCAGCCGGACGAUGCGUUGACAAAACGCUGGUACAAAAUACGUCACGACUACAUAGAAUUACUCCAAGAUGUCGUGAAGAAACACGAAACCACCAUCGCCGGCGUGAGGAUGGGAUCAGUGAAAUUCAUCCUGCAUGUCAGAAGUCGCAAAGGCCUCGACAGCCUGUGGAAGGAUUACUGCUCCGGGAAACUUGCUCUUGAGUUCGGUGAGGCGCUCAUCACUGACGAACUCACCACCGAGGACAAGAGCAACAUUACAAUAAGGCUGGAGAUACAGGAGAGCGACUACGAGAAAGGAUGCAGAUUCUUCGAAUCAUUGCAAACUGAUCCAACCAAACGAGAGUUACCAGUGCGCAUGUCAAAAUGGACUGUGGAGCAUGUACGGCAAUGGCUUCUGGAUAUUGGGGUGUCUGAUUCCGUUGCCGACGAAAUGUAUGAGGGAAGCAUAGAUGGAGAAGUGUUGGAAAUGUACACAAAAGAUGAUUUGAACGACAACUGUAGCAAUAUGACGAAACGAGACACGAGUCUUAUUUUGUACAGCAAGGAACGCUGGUUGGAGUCUGAAAAGCAACAGCAAAGCCCACUGAGACAAGAAGCAGUGAUUCAAGAAACGGAGCAAGAUCUGUCUCGUGGUAUCGAACGGGAGAUUCAAGACCAAACCAGGCCGUUAAGACCGGAACCCAAGGAACCGGCACUCCUUCAGGAUGACGGAAGGUCUCAACCCGCAGUUCGCCCCAAAGCACCAAGGAUUCGUGACAAGCCAAGUCCAAAGAAGGAGAAAGCGAAGAAAGUUGCCACUGUGCUUCCGCAGCAAAUCCUAGAAACUACUACGAUGCUUCAACAGUCUGAUCAUCCUGGUGAUAACCUCGACAUCACCGAUCAACAACGACCUCGACAGCCACCAUUGCAGGCUGUCGACGUAGAGCAGCACCGUGAGGCCAAAUCCCGGGAGCCACAGGCAAUGGAGAAAAACAAGAAAGAAAUUCCACCAGGUGAUGGUCAUGCAUCGAUAGCACGUAGUACAUCAGAAGUCGCAACGACUGACGAGGCCAGGCUUCGUAUGUUACUCACGGGCGACGAACGAGGUGAGCUUGACCAGUCGUAUUAUCCAGUGCUCAUUGCAAACAAACCUGCAACGCCAGCUGAGAAUGACACAGACGCAAUCGCACGUCAAUUUGGAUUCAUUAAAACAAUCAGGUGGACCACCGUCUUAGAUUUUAAUUCGAAAUCCAAAGUGGACGGGCUAUGCAAGCUGUACCACGAGGAUCGGAUGGUCUCCCUGCAGCAGCCGGAACUGUUCAAAGACAUUGAGUCUGAUGAAGAGUUUCGGAAUACAAUCGAAUUUCCCGAAAAGACAGUCUGGGUGUUUGCAAAUGGGCGUGAAGACGAUCACAAUAUCCAGGCACCUAAGAUGGCCAUGCCUGAGUGGCACAAUAUACGCCGUAGAGACGUUGAAGAUUCGGUGAGAUUCUUCUCUCAACCAUCGGUGAUACCGAAGGGGCGAGCUGUAAUCAUGUUUUUGCUGCUAUCUGAAGAUGACAUCGACAUCCUUUGCGAGACUUUUGGCAAACUAUCAUCAUCUUUUCAAAGCAUACAGAGCAUCGUCUGCAUCGCCGAAGACCGAGAGCUUUAUUCCAAGUUUGUGAGUUAUGUUACAAAGUGGUUUUCGACAAAAGAUGAAAUCGACAAACGAAGUUUGGUGGGACUUGAGUGGCAAGAGAUAAACAGAAUCAUGAUGCGAAUGAACGGCGUGAACCAGACCACCAAGAACGAACUUCCUUCCAACUUACGUGGGCAGUGUUUUCUUUCAGAGAAACAGAAGGAUGAAUGGAAUGACAUUACUGUUGUGUGCAAGAAUGAAUGUGAAAAUACCGAUAUGGACGAUACCAGUCCAAGCUACAAGCAGUUCGUUAAAAGAAAGGAGCUAGACUUCUACCACGGUGAGAAAGUUGAUUGGUGGAAUUUUGCCAUCGGUGAAAAAGAGAAAAAGCUUCGCAAAGCUUGCGGUCAUGUUCUGAAAAGGAAAGGUUUUGGGGAUGUUCUCAGGAAAGUAAAAAAACCACUGGAUAGUUCCAGGAGUGGAGAUAGCUUGAUUGUCACAGUGACACUUCUACACCAACCUGGCGCUGGGGGUAGCACUUUAGCUCGCCAUGUCUUGUGGGAACUUCACAAAGAUUACCGAUGUGUGGUAGUUAACAGAGUUACAAGUCGCACGGUCAACCAACUAAUGGAGGUGAGACACUAUGGUUAUGAGAAGGAACAUGCUAAGCAAAUCCCGCCAGUGUGUGUGCUUGUUGACAAUCUCGAUGAUAUUGAAGUGCUGGAUUUGAUAGCAGACUUAGAAGAGAAAUCAAAGUAUGUUCGAGUGGAUGGUGGAGCAGUCUGCGUCCUGCUUCAUUGCAAGCGUAAUGCAGACCCGGAUAAGGCCAUCAAAGCCAAAGAUAGGGAUCCCGACCUCUAUAUUCCCUUGACUCAGAAGCUUAUUCAAACAGAAAAGAAGUGGUUUCAGCAAAAGUACAUUGAAUUGGAACACAAAGAAAACGAGUACAAAACAGGAGAUUACAUUCCUGACAAUCUCCUUGCCUUCAUGGUGAUGAAGGAGGAAUUCAACAAGGAGUAUAUAACAAAUGUCGUUUCGAGGAUACUUCAAGACAUCAAGGGGAACGAUCUGAAGCUGAUUAAACUGUGUGCCCUUCUGAACUCUUACAUACAUGAAGCUGACAUACCUAUCUCUUGCUGUGACACGUUUAUGGCCGGUACAUGGGCCAAAGGGAAGACGAUCUAUUUCACCAAACAUACUUUGAAUUGGGAGAAAUCAGUAUCAGCCUCAUUUAAAAUUAUGGUGGUUAUAACAGAAAACCGAACCAUCAAGAUUUUACAUAAGAGCAUAGCCGAGGAGGCUUUGAGGCAAAUCUUGAGAGAAAGCGGGGACCAAUCGCUGGCAGAUGUAACACUGGAGUUCUUGAACAGCGAACUGCUUCAGUCGAGUUCUUACAGCAGAAAGAUUCUGGCAAAGACAACGCAUGAUUUACUCAUCAGGAGGGAGCGUGUAGAGGACACCAAGACAGGAUUUUCGGUUCUCAUUGAAAAUAUUUGCAAAAUGCACGGAUCGAAAAAGGCCAUCACAAUACUGACAAAGGGCGUUGAAAUACUUCAAGAUGCCUUUGUCGCACAGCAGCUUGCAAGGUUUUAUCUCAUAAAGGAGAAAGAUUUCAAUAUGGCGCACACCUUUGCUGUGAGGGCGUUAGAUAUGAAUCCCCAAAACCCUUAUUUUUGGGAUACAAAAGGCCGUGUUUACAAAGCACAUUUUGACACCCUUACUGAACCAUACGUACUUGACCAGCAAGCCCUUAGUGACGAAGUAUGGAACGAAGUAUUUUCUCUGUCCUUCAAAGCCAUGAAAACAUUUCGCAAGUCGUAUGAAGUAUCAAAGGAAGCGGCGCCAACACGAAUUGUGUACACUGGGUUAUAUACUGAGCUCAAUGUGGCCUUCCGUCUUCUGCAAGUUAUCCAUCUAUGCGUGGAGCCCUUCAGAACCCAGGGUGAUAUCAAUGUUCUUCAGAUGUACCUUCUGAAGUUGGACCUGCCCCCAGGCGUUAGUCUCCCAGCGUGGGACAGUGAGAGCCAAACUCAAGUUAGAGAGUUGAAAAACAGGGUGGAUGAAGUGUUGGAAAUAAUGGACGGCAAAACGACAUACUACAAGGAUGGCUCAACUGCAAACAUUGCUGGCCAGAAAUUGGAUGAAAUGAGACAGAACAUGAGAAAAUAUUCCAUAAUAUACAACAAGUACUAUGGAGAGCCACAACCAAUGCACAAAGAAAGGUACAGUGAUAAAGAUCCCAUGAGCCUUGCUGAGUAUCGGCGCAGACUCGUCGACCAAUUACAUUGCGGUAGUUUCCACGAGAUCUUCGAUCGGGCAAAGGCCAAACAGCGGGAAGUUCUCGAGGACUCCCGGGACCUCCUGUUGAAAAAUUCAAGUAAUUUCAAUUCGUUUGACUUGAGGAUUCUGAUUUGCAUAUAUCUGGCCCUCUCCUCGUUGGGAGAAAAGUCUGUCUCGGCUGACUAUGUGUAUCAGGAAUUCGUUCGUCCGUUCUACGCGAUGGAUCGACCUAAAGAUGAAAGCUGCUGGCCCUCAUUCUUGAUGACGAUGUUCUUGUGGCCUAUCAAAGGUAUGGCGUCAGAACGAAGAGAUAGAUAUGAUUUAACAGAACACAUAACGGAACUGAAAAGGAGAUGGGACGUCGAUCGCAAAUUCUCACGCGCACGGUUGCCACAAGUUCAUGAAAGAAUUAGACGGCAAUUCAAAUCCCAGAUGAGACCCCGUACGCAUUUCUUUUUGGGCCAAGGGGAAGGUCUGCGUGUGUUUGCUCACAUCACCGAGCUUCAUGCAACUCAGGGUAAGCUUGACCGACGCGAUGCUGGCGACGAUUUGUUUUGGCAGUCUGAUCUCGUUAAAGAAAGGCUGGUUCGUUUGGAAGGCACGCUCCUGAAUGCCACUUCCCUGUUGCAUCGCUUUCACAAAGACAAAGACCCCAUUGAUAUCAAGUUAGCUGUUCCCCACGAAAAGCUUGCAAGUCAAGAGUCUGUCACCUUCUACCUGGGGUUCAGCUGGAAUGGGCCUGUCGCAUAUGACGUGACAUUAUCGACGGAUGCAGAGUGUCGUGACGAUCACACAGUGCAACCCUCUUUCCGUAAAGCCUACCCGAGCCACAUCUUGCCGUCAGGCAAAUCUAAGGUGUCGCCGUCUGAUAACCUAUCCAACAUCGGUAGGCUACAUAUGGAGCGUGAAAAGGUGAACAAGAAGAUCGAAGAACUCUCGUCCGCAUCCCAGCAAGAUAGUGAAAAGAGGAAACUGGGGAAGGAUGAAGAAACUAUCCACAAGAGUCAGACAUAUUUCAAGCGUCAACUAAAGAAACUGAACAAAGAACUCCAGCGUGUAUGGCAGCAAGACGACAUCUACGAUGAUGGAUACUACUAG